AUGCAGGGGCAUGGUGGUAACCGCUCGCGCAAUGGCCUCGGCGCCAAUGGGGAAAAGGCAGUCCCGGUGCCAGGAACAGCACUCUUCAGCAACGGUGCAGAACGCAAGGGCAGUGUCGGGACCGGUCCGGCGCUGUUCGAUAUGGCGCGAAGCCCUCCCAAUGCCUCCAACAAGAAUACAAAGCAUGUGCCGUGUAAGUUCUUCCGACAAGGCGCUUGCCAGGCAGGCAACGCCUGUCCAUUCUCGCAUUCUCUCGACCCCAUGAGCCAGCAGGCGCCAUGCAAAUACUUCAUGAAGGGAAACUGCAAGUUCGGAGCCAAAUGUGCCCUGGCGCAUUACCUCCCCGACGGACGCCGGGUCAAUCGAGCUGAUCUAGAUGCUGGCCUGGCCAUGUCUAGCCGAAACUUCAACUACUCGAACCGAGCAGAUCAACCGCCCUUUCCCAACCCAGAUUCCAACAUCAGCGACCCUCUGCUCAAUCAACAGCCUUAUGGGCCGGACUAUUUCCCAAGUCAAUCGUUCCCUCUCAUAGAUCCGGACGAGCCAGAUGCAUAUCCCGAUCGAUACAACCAAUACCAAAACCACUCCGCUCUCGACUCCGGACUCAACUCACCCCCGACAUCACAAUUCGGUUCACCUCCCAAUGACUACCAGUACCCCAAGUCGCCCGUCGAGAAUCUUAGGACGGCUCUCAAUGCCCCUCUUCCCCAGUCUUUUGAUGCAAACGGCAUUUCGCGCAUAGCUCAAUACGGCCCUCUCGGCCAGUCCGUCCCAGAUAAAUUCGGAAUGCGGUCGCCAGUCGCUUCUUCGUCCCUCUCGAGACAGCUCGGAAGCCCACCCGAGUCGAUCGUCAAUGUGCGAAAUGCCAACCUGGGCUCGAAUCUGAGAAAUGCAUCUCCUCUCGGUCUUUCGCCUCAAAAAACAGAGGAGUCCAUCAGUCAGCGAAUAAUGCACUCCCAGAGAGCCAUGAAAGUAAGGGGUCUGUCGGCUAGUGUGCCACGCGCAAAUUUACUUUCUGAAUGGGAGGAAGGCUUGGGAGUUGAAACAGAUCUACUGCCCAACAGUCUGCAUGACGAGGUCUUGACUCCGCAGGAAAGGAUGAGACGCAUGUCGAGACCGGACCAGGAGCUGGGGUCCAAGGAGCACGCCCACGCGUUGGCCAUACCAAGCGGAACGUCGACUAAGGUUGGCUCGCCCCCAGCCGGGAGCCCGUCCAGGUUCAGUGCGUUGUGGGCCGAGCAGCGGGAGAAGAAAGCGGCAGAAAGCAUCGGGCCGCCCAGUAUCGGCCACGUCGGCUCGCCUCUUCGCGGAUCAUGGAUGCCGAAUGGAGGCUCAGGCCCUAGUGUGCAGGUUUCUGGUAUCUCCCAAGCCAUGGCACGAAUGCAAUUGAACCGAGCCGACUCUGGCGAAUUGAACGGAACAAGACCCCAGGUUAGCGGGCUGAGGCACUCGUCGGCGCCAAUUGGUCGACUCGACCGUGGUAUAUCCAGUCCAGGCUUCAGCUCCAAGAAGAUUGACGAGGAGGUUGAAGGUGUCUUCUUCCCCAUGGAUGGUGAUGACAGAACUCCGAAUUGGACGGGCCAGCCACUACGGGAGAAAACCAAUGGCGACAUAUCCGGCGGCAAAGGGGAGGCGGCGGCUGGAAACGAGAAUGGCGUCGAAUCAAUGUGGGCAUUUCGCUCAUGA